UGACGGAGCUCAGAGCAGUGACGCGUCCCGGCCUCUAGGUGGAGCUCUGCUACCUGAACCGCCCGCUUCACAGAAUGGAUUCUCCAUCAAACCGUGUCUCUGUGUUGCGUCAUCGCUAUCUGUAAACGUUUUUAAGGUUGUUUUAAGCCUUUUGUGUCUAACAUUACUGUCGUUUGACCUUCGACCCACUAAACCGUGAAACUGUAAGCACUGCGCCUGUGUCCUGCCCUCAUUUCAACGCUCUCAUACUUUCACUUUCGUAUUGUAAUCGGAAACGUGGUCUGGCGAGCACACAACGGGAGAAAGUUGACAGAGCGCUGGCUUGAAAGUUCCCAGAGACUCAUCGGAGGAGGAAGAGCAGCGUUGAGGUCCGGACCGCGCAGGACGCCACCAGGAUGCCUGACUGCCGGCCCGAAGCCGAGCCGGAACAGCCGGAGCCGCUCAGGAUCAUGCUUCUUGGGAAGAGCGGAGUCGGCAAGAGCUCCAGUGGGAACACCAUCCUGGGCAAGCAGGCGUUCAUGUCGGACAUGAAGCUGACCAGAGUCACGCGCUACUGUGAGAAGGAGCUGGGCACCGCGGGAAACGUCCCCGUGGCCGUGAUCGACACGCCCGGCCUGUUCGAGACCGACCGCAAGAAGGACGACGUCCGGAAGGUGCUCAAGUGCGUCCGGCUCCAGGAGCCGGGGCCUCACGCCUUCGUGUUCGUGGUCCCGUUGGGAAGGAUGACCCUGGAGGACCAAGACACCAACGCGCUGAUCGAGAAGAUGUUCGGGCCCAGGGUGUGGGACUACACCAUCGUGCUGUUCACCCACGGGGACCGUCUGGAGGGGAAAACUAUCAACGACGUCAUCAGCGAGAGCGACCAGAACCUCCGCAACUUCAUCCGCAGGUGCAGCGGCGGCUUCCACGUCUUCAACAACAAGAACCCGGAGGACGCGGAGCAGGUGGCGGCGUUCGUGGCCAAGAUCCAGACGCUGAUGGCCCUGAACGGACGCGACUACUACCGCACGGCCAUGUACCCCAGGGCGGAGAGGAGCAUCAGGGAGCGGCAGGAGAGCAUCCUGAAGGAGAGGGAGGACGACAUCAUCCGCAGGGAGCGGGCGCUGGAGGAGCAUCACAGGGGGGAGGAGCUGGAGAGGAAGAAGAAGGAGCUGUGGAGGAGGGAGGAGGACGAGGCGAGGAAGGAGGCGGAGGCGCAGCGCGGCUGGAACCGGAUCUUGGGCCUGGUUCUGGUGCUGCUCGGCCUGGUGACGGCGGCCGCCGGCUCCUCUGAUGUGGGGCUCUUGGCAGGAAGCCUCACUGUGUUGGGGCUGUUGUACAUCAUGGUUCCAGUGAUUUCCAGAAACAUGUCAUGGCUUCCUAAGAAAAACAGAUAACUAGACGCUUUUAGGGUUUGAUGGUUUGGAAAUGAAGGUGUGAGACUAAAUAAGAUCAGGUGAUUAGAUCAUGAUGAUGUUCUGUUUAUGAAAGUAUUUAAUGUGACUGCAUGAGAACGAAUGACCGUCGUCUGGUUUCCUCACAAACACUCGUAGAUGUAGUGAAAACACAGUAGAAACACUGUUUAUAUGAUUCAUGUUGUUGGUGUGGAUCAGGGGCAGCAGCUGCUAAAGUUUGGUCCCUAUUCAUCUUUUAUUACAUGGUUCAACAUAAAAUAAACAUUACACAGUGAACUUUAA